AUGUGGUUACCUCAUUGGAAGUUUGACGCUGCCAAGAUCCUUCCUACAAAGACAAGAGGGGAUUUAAACACUGAAUUGAAGCAAUUUGAGGAAAGGACUGGUUGGCGCCUUCGAUUAUUGACUGCAUAUGAAGGCGAGCUGACACUUACCGAGGACGACAUUAGGGCAGCUUGGCAAUUGGAUUCCAGAACUGUGGUGGUCGGCGUUGACCCAUCGUCCCCAAACAUCGUUGCCUUUCGAUACCUGGGGUCCGACGUACAGCAAAAGCUGCGGCGAGGAUUCUGGAUCGAGCUGCAGUCCAGAUACGGCAACAUAUUCUACAUCCGUGAGGAGGGCGAGGCUGCAGCGAUCACCAAUUUGACUUCCACCAUUGAAGGAUGUUUAACAAAGCCUGAGGGCUGCUACGUGGUUCCAGGCCUUCCAAGAGACCAGUUUUACUUCACCCUCGUCCUCUCAAUCGCCGGCGGUUUAGUGUUCGGUUUCGCUUCCAAACUGGAACCUGCAGGCUGGGUCCAGCAGCCAUGGGUGUGGACGGUGCUAUUUUCGCCGUUGUGGAUCAUUUUAUUCGUCAGCCUGGGGCUGGGGCCAGUAAUCUCGCGGACAUCUGAGCCUUGGCCUGUGCUUGGAAACGUCGCGGGAUUUGUGGGUGCCAUAUUUCUGUUUAGGGCGCUCCCGAACUUCCCCCCCAGAGACCUCGACCCUCCAUCAGACGAAGGAAUGGUAUGA